UUGGAAAAGCUUCAAUCUUUUCACCAAUCUUCCCCACCUCCUUUGCUGUUUCAGGCCUUUGGCUUUGGGAUUCUCCAGAGAUUAAUUUCGCCAGGUAAAGCUCAAGAUUUGAAGUUCUUUAUUGACAAGGAAAGCCAACCAAUCCAGCCAUCUACUGAGGUAAAUGAAAAGGAAGGGUUUUUGGUUUUGCUUCUUGGGUUUGGACACAUUGAUUACAGUUCACCCAUUUCCCCAAUUGGAAAAGAAGCCCACAGAUUACUGGUUUGCUUACCAGAAGACACAGCAAGAGGGAUUGUGGUACUAAUUGCUGGGAUGGGACUACAGCAAGUCAUCUUAAGAUUGUACCUUCCCUUUCAAAAUCUCAGAAAUGAGCCUAACAUAGUUCUUCACAUGGGUAUUUUGCUAUUUCUUUUUAAUUGUUCAUACAUUCUGAAGCAUGUUUAGUGUU